AUGCCGACAAACCCUUCUCUAGGAUGGCAGAAGAUAAAGGACAUAUACUAUGCCUUGCGGCCAUGCUAUGAAAAAUUGAGUUGGCCAAUUGAGAAUUUAUCUACUAAUUAUAAAGUAGUUAUAUCUCAAUAUUCUACGGUUAUGGCGUUAGCUUCGAAAGAAGCUUCAUUUCCUAACUUAAUUGAUGUUUACUCCAUCACAGGUAAAAAACUUUGGUCUUUAGUUUACAAUAAUACGGCAGAUAAUCACAUAAUUGAAUUUGCAUUUAGAAACGAGGACUUAUUGGUAAUUUUGAGCAACCAGAAAUUUAGGUACUACAAGGACUUUGAUGGUAAUUUCGACGAAUAUUGUUUUACAGAGGGCCUUAUUCAAUUGGAGCCUAUUAACAAUAGCUUGACGUCUCAAGAUAUGACCGAUGGGCCUAAGCUAAAUUAUAUAACUAACCUAGAAAACGACGAGAAUGAAAGGAUAUACCAAGUUUUAGAAGCUCAAAUUUGGGAUAAGUUUCUUAUAAUGAAACUUUCAGAUAGCCUUAUAAUAACAGAUCUAGACUCGCUUAAGAACUAUGAAAUACACUUCUCGAAAAUUGAUGUGUCAAAAUUCCAUUGUUUAAAGCCUUUGCGAGCAGACCAGGAUGGGUUUGUUUUACUCGCUAGUUACAACGAAACUGUAUUGUCGGUAGUAGUCGACAUGAAAUCGGGAUUCUUCGAAAUUUUAGAUCAUGAUUUAACAGAUGGCCCUUUCAGCAUGAUAUCAGCUUCCCCGAAUGGUCAUUUAGUUGCCUUGGUAAACGAUAAAGUUUCAACAAUUUUUGUUACGAAUAGUAAAUUCAACCAAGUCCUUUUGGAAUACGACAUCUCAAAGGAAGCUUUUUCACCAAGUCAAGUUGAAUGGUGCGCAAAUGAUGCAAUAGUGAUUUCUUCUAGAGAUGAAUUGACCUUGAUAGGACCUGGGCAGCAAUCAAUUUCAUUCUUCUAUGAUAUAAUUGAGGAAGAUGAUAACGACUUUGAACUUAUGACUAAAGAUCAAGAGAGCUUAACAUUCACAAUUCCUAUAAUUAAGUCCGAACAUGAUGGCUUGAAAGUUUUCACAAGUAAUAAGGUCGAGUUUUUGGGACGAGUAUCGAACACCGCAAUAAAUUUAUUUCAAAUUGGAUCAUCUCAUCCUAGUAGUAUCUUGUUAGAUUGUGUUGAAAAAUUUGGCCAACAAUCAUUUAAGGCUUAUACUAAUAUUUCGUUUUUAAAAUCUGAAGGUUCUUUAGUCUCUGCAAUGGAUGAUUGUUUAGAAGCAUCAUUGGAUGACUUUUCACCCUUCUGGCAAAAAAGACUCCUCAAGGCAGCUUCAUUUGGAAUGGCAUAUAAUGAUGAGGCAUAUGAUGCUGAUGAUUAUUUGAAAACGGUAAAUACAUUAAAGGUUUUGAAUCAAUUAAGAUCUAUUGAUGUCGGCAUUUUCGUAACUUUCAAUGAAUUGUCCAUUGUUGGGUGGGAGACUAUAAUCGGAAUGCUCCUUAAAAGAAAGAUGCAUUAUCUAGCUAUAAAAAUAGUAAAAAUUAUGCUGUUGCAGAAUUUACAAGAUAUGAUUUAUAUUCAUUGGUGUUGCUCAAAAAUUAUACACGAGCGAGCCAAAACAGACACAGAUUUGUUCAAGGAUAUAGCCCACAAACUUGCAAAGACUAAUGUCUCUAUCCUGCAAAUAUAUGACGUCGCCUACCAAGAAGGGCGAUUAAAUUUAUGCAAAUUGUUGGUUAAUUUGGAACCAUCGAUUUCCAAGCGAAUUAACAAAAUUUUGAACGAAGAUCCCGAGACAGCUUUGGUGAUGGCUUUUCAGACAGUUGAGUAUGAACUUUGCAAAUUAAUUUUGCUAUAUUUACAAUCUAAUUUUAAUGAAGCUCAUUUUUUAAAGAUCUUGAACCAAAAUGAACAAAAGAAGUUGAUUUCUAAUUCUUUGGCCGCACAGGUAGAGGGGGUCGAUUUUUUAAAAGACAGCUUAUACAUUAGUGGGGAUCUAAUUUCUCAUUUUUGGAUUGAAAGUAUUGGAAUGAAAGAUGAAAAAUUGCUAGAAAGAUUUUACAGGCAAGAAGACCGAAGGACGGAACUUGAUAUGUUACGAUUGGAACAAUCAAUGAUCACGAAAGACCAUAAGAAAUACAAGACUAUUUUAUUGAAAUCAAUAAAUUCUUCGCCAAAGAGAAAAGAAGCCAAUAUCUUACGCAAAGAACUGAAGAUAGUUGAUCUAAAGGCUAGACUUACGGAAACAUAUCAAAUUGAGUUCUACCAGUUACAUUCAUUAAGCGAAAUAUUAAUCAAAUUAAUUGAAAUGAAUCAAAUAAAACCCGCAUCAAAGAUCGUUAGAGAGUUUAAAGUCGAGGAAGAAAAAUUUUGGUACUUAGUACUAAAAACGUGUUGCAGACUAAAGGAAUUUAAUUUGCUACAUGAUUUUAUAGCUAGCCAUUCUCACGGGAACAAAUUGAAGACGCAGAUUCCAUUUGAGCGUAUAAUAGAAGCAUGUUUUGCAUCCAACUGUCCAAAGGGCCAUCUAUCGGAAUAUAUACUGAAUUAUGAUGCAAACUACGCAGAUAAAGUAAAAUUAUUUGUUAAAAAUAAAGAUUUCACUCUUGCAGGUAAGGAGGCCAUGAAAAACAAAGAUGUUAACAGUCUCAAAUAUGUGAUGGGUCAAGCUAGCAAUGCAAACGACGAAAAUGCAAUAAAGUUAAUUGAAGAUUUCAUUAAAAAAUUGGGACGUUAA